CUCUCGCUCUCUUUCUCUCUCUCUCUCGCACUCUCUCUUUCAUCUCUCCUUCCUUUCUCUCUUAUCCUCCCCUCACUCUCUCUUCUCCAGACCCACUGUCUCAGUUUCAUCUUGUGGAUAUACUGUCUAAGGACGUAGGAGAGGAGAAAAGGAUUGGAGAGAAAGUAUCCGCUGAAUGGGCAUGGAAGACCAAGAGACUGAGCUGCCGAUGGACCCAGAAAUCUGCUUCGAUCCGCUGUUCAUCGACGAGGAAGAUAAGUAUGGGGAUGAUGGUGUUGAAGAGGAGACAGGCGCUUCAUUCCAGCCUCUACUGGGAGAUACCAGAACAGACACAGUCCUGACGGGCUCAGCUCACAGUCAGUCCUCCCUAUCGGAUACCUGCAGAGAGACACACCUGGAUGAGACACGAGCCCGGUUCAAGGACAUGGACACCAUGUUUAGAAGUCGUGUCGGAGAAACAACAGACUCUUUUGGGUCUCACCUGUCGACGACGGCCCAAAUUAACACACACCUUAGUGGGUUAGGACAGAUCCAGCCACACCUUAGUGGGUUAGGACAGAUCCAGCCACACCUUAGUGGGUUAGGACAGAUCCAGCCACACCUUAGUGGGUUAGGACAGAUCCAGCCACACCUUAGUGGGGUAGGACAGAUCCAGCCACACCUUAGCGGGUUAGGACAGAUUCAGCCACACCUUAGUGGGUUAGGACAGAUUCAACCACACCUGAGGGAGAUGGAUGACCUAUUGAAGAGUUGUGAGGACAUGACAGGUGUCUCCAUCGCCUCCUGCCUGUCCACCAUGUACACAGACACACACCUGUCUGGACCAGCUCAGAACCAGAACCAGUCAGACAUACAGAAGAUGGUUGCUAUGAUGGGGAGCUGUGGUGGUAAUGAGUGUCACACAGGUGGAUCCAUCCUGAACCACACAGACACACACGUGGAGGAGUCUAGGAACCAUUGCCAAAGUCACCUGAAGGAGGUGGAAUCCAUUUUGGAUCAGAGUGGAGCCACAGGAGCCGCUGUCCAGCCUCAGUUGCCUCCUCUUACUGCCGCAGGCACUCAGCUGAGUGGCACUAUGGCUGAGUAUCAGACCGAGCUAAUGGCGAUGCUGGCCAUGUUAGAGAACUGUAUGGAGGAGGCAGGGAUUACCUUUGACCCUUUAGAGUGGACUUACCCUAGUUUACCCAAAGGAUACGGCCAACCCAACCCCAACAUGAAAAAGUUAACACAAGACAGACACAUGGAGAGAGGAGUAGCAACACAAGGACACAAGGAGUCUGUGGGAUGUGUGGAUAUGAAGCCAUAUUUGGGAAGUACCUUUGGCCAAUUUGAGCCCCCAAGCUACCAAGCUAUCUCCACAGAAAGACACUCGGAUGAGUUAGGAGACUGUGGAGAUACACACACAAGAGGGUCCAUGUCCACGGUGGUGUGUGACGAGGACACAGAAGGACAUGUCUCCGGUGUUUCUGUGUGGGACACAGAGGCUCACAUUAUCUGGGCUCAACAACUAGAGACAGGGCUGGGAGGGGUGGAGAUGAGGGGAUCCGUGCAGGAGUUGGAGGUGUUGGGUACUGUGCUAGAGGGGUGCAUCGAGGAGGUGGAGAAACUGGAGAAGAGACGGAAUGAACUGAUGGGAGAGCUGCAGGCACUGAGAGAGGAGAAGACGGGGACAGAGGAAGGGAGUGAAGGAGGGCAGGCGGCACAGUUAAGCCAGGUGCUGAAUAUUGAGGCAGACGGGAGGAGGGAGGUGCGGAUGAGGGAGUGGCAGUCUUUGAGGGCUGAGAGGAGUGAGGAGCAGAGGAGGCUGUCCAGUGUGCGUCUGGAGAGGCAGGGUCUUCAGGAGGAGAUGAGGAGGCUGAAGAGGAGGCUGUUCUCUGUCGCCAGGGAGUGUGCUCACAACCAGGUCACCCUGGCAACCCAGCAGCGUGAGGUUGCCCAGCUAAACAAAGAACAGCUGGAACUUGACGCACUGAUCAUCAAGCUGACUGAGGAGGUGUCUCAGCUUCGCUCCACCCACCAGUCCCAGCUCUCCACUCUGCAGUCCCAGCUCCAGACCCACAGCCAGACACCCAACCCCAUAGAGGAGAUGACCCAGAGCAAGAGGAACUCCUGUGGAGAGUUACAGCAGUACCUGCAGGGGGGGCUCAAAGCCCUGGAGGAAAGGUAUGAGCCAAUGCUGCUGGCCCUGUUGAAGCGGAGGGAGGGGACGUCAGAGGCCCUGGUGAAGGCCAGGCAGCAGGCCCAGGAGCUGAGGGCCCGCCGGGGGCCCCUGAGGGAGGAGGGACAGAGGCUGGGGCUGCAGAGAGCCUGCCUGGAGGAGAGACUCAAACUGACGGAGACACACAGGAGAGAGGAUGUGGAGCAGUAUAAGGAGACAGUGGACAGGCUGGAGGAGACUAGCAGAGAGCAGAAGAUGGAGCUACAAAUUCAGAAGAGGAAAACCAAGGAGAUGGAGGAAUUGAGAGACAGUCUUACGAAAGAAGUCUACCUGUACAGAGGCAUCGUCGAGGGCCAUAACAAGAAUGAUCUAACCAGUGUGAGGGAGGAAACAUGACCACUGGGACUAAUAGAAGUCAAAUAUAAUAUGACUGCACAUAUCAUUAAGAACACCUUCCUAUUAUUGCUUUGCAGUUCUUGACACAAACCAGUGCGCCUGGCACCUACUACCAUACUCUGUUCAAAGGCAUUUACACAUGUUGUCCAUUCACCCUCUGAGUG